AUGGAGCUUCAAGGUUCUUGUCAUUGUGAGAAAGUCAAAUUCAAGGUGAAGUCUAACACACCCGUCCCUUUCAUGUACUGCUACUGCUCAAUUUGUCGUAAAUUGGCUGGCGGUGGUGGAUAUUCAAUCAAUAUCAUGGAUUCAUUGGAAGUUCAAGGAAUGGAAUAUGUAAAAAUAUAUCGAGGGAUCCAUGAAAAGAAUGUCCCCAAAGAGCAACAAGAUGAAUGUGGAAACCGUAGACAUUUCUGUGGCGAAUGUUCUGCGAUGCUUUGGGCCUAUGAUCCACAGUGGUCCCAAUGGUGCUAUCCAUUCGCCUCAGCGAUUGACACCGAACUUCCAGUGGCUAAACGUCCCGUCUGCAUCAUGCUCAAGUACAAGGCGAAAUGGGCUCCGGUGCCAACUGAAGCAGAUGCCUUUGACGAGUAUCCAGAUAAGUCGAUCGAAGAUUGGCAUAAACAUAAUAAACUCUGGCAAGAAUAA